AUGGGCUUCCCCGCGGUCGCAGCGCGUGCGCAUGUCGUGCUGGCCCUGCACGCCAUCCUGCUGCUCGGCUGCGCCGCGGUGCUGCUCUCCCCGGCGCACGGCACCGUGGCCAACCUCGCGCGCCGGGCCACGGCCCUCGGCGCGCCGGCGCGCGCGCCCGUCGGAUUGCUGCGGUGGCUCGGCUUCGCAGGCAUCGUGCUCUACACGCUCUACGUGACCGGCGACGUCGCCGCGCGGAAGGAGGCCGCAGCGGAGGCGGAGUGGCCGGACACGGUCAAAGGUUUUCUUCUCUUCCUGAUGUUUUUGGUUGGAGUUUGGGCAGUCUACCUUUCCCUGAUGAGGGAAAGGGGUGGCCCACCGCGACCGCUGGCAACGGCGGCGGCGGAGCCGGAGGCGUCGCUGGACAGGGUGGAAGUUUGGGCAGUUUACCUGCCCAUGGUCGCGAUGGACACGGGAAAGGGUGGCCCGCCACCGCGGCUGCCGGCAGCGGCGGCGGAAGAAGACCAUGACAGCGGGGAGGUCAACGCCAUAACCCCCAAGCCUGCUUGCGUCGUUGUUGUAGACACAAAGGUUUGGAAUAUGCAUUCGUCUUUACUUAUCUUGGAAUCUCUCAAGAUCAGCCGUCUUACUAAACGUAUUUCUGUAUUUCCUCAGCUCUGA